ACACAAUUCGAAGUAGUACAUGUUACGCAUUUCUUUGUCGUACCAAAAUCCAGCUUACAGAUAUUAAUCGCGUCUUGUGAUUAUAUAUAAACCUGACCAUAGCCAUACACACGCCCAAAGGGCAGUUUCUUAACGCUGGUCACGUGGUUCGCACGCGCACAGAGAGAUUAUGGCUGCUUCUGCGGCGGCAACCAUUGCUACUCCUUUGCAAUGCGGGCUGCUAUCCUCCCAAGGUUUUUCCGGGUCGACCCGCAUCCUCCAGUUGAAGAAGAAUGAGAAAAGGAGUGUAAGGAAAGCUUGCAGGGGUCUAAUAACGGCCAAAAUCGAUCUUAGCCCUCCGCCAUACUCGCUUGACGCUUUGGAACCUCAUAUGAGUCGAGAAACAUUCGAAUACCAUUGGGGGAAGCAUCACAGAGCUUAUGUAGACAACCUCAACAAGCAAAUAGUUGGUACAGAGCUCGAUUUAAAGCCGUUGGAGGAAAUAAUAGUAGCUACUUAUAACAAGGGUGAUCUCCUCCCACCCUUCAAUAAUGCUGCACAGGUGUGGAAUCACGAUUUCUUCUGGGGGUCGAUGAAACCAGGCGGUGGAGGUGAACCAUCGGGAGAGCUUCUACGAUUGAUCAAAAGAGACUUUGGUUCUUUCGAAGUGUUUGUCAAUGAAUUCAAGGCGGCUGCAGCCACGCAAUUCGGUUCCGGUUGGGCUUGGCUCGUCUAUAAAGCAAAUAGACUCGAUGUUGGUAAUGCUGUGAAUCCACGCCCAACCGACGAGGACAAAAAGCUUGCGAUAGUAAAGAGCCCAAAUGCUGUAAAUCCUCUUGUCUGGGAUUACUCUCCACUGCUUACUGUAGAUGUUUGGGAGCACGCGUACUACCUCGAUUUCCAGAACCGGCGACCGGAUUAUGUGUCUACGUUUAUGGAGAAGCUUGUUUCGUGGGAUGCUGUAAGUGCCAGGCUGGAGGCUGCAAUGGCUCGAGCUGCAGAGAGGGAAAAGGAGGAAGAGAUGAAGAAAACAGAAUCCGAAGACAACCUAACCAACUCGGAGGCUGUGGAAAUGUACUUGGACCCUGAUUCCGAAGAUUCCGAGGCCACCUGAUUUUUCACAUUUCCAGUAAUUGGAUUUUUGCAUCAGAGUAUUAUUUUUCUUGUUUGUUGUUUGUCUUCAAAAUUUUGAUGUAGUAAUAAUAAUUAUAGAGGCCUAGAGUGAUUUUCAGAAAUGGAAUUUUGGAAAUUGGAAUGGAAAAGAUUGUUCCGAAAUCGAAAAUUUUUAGGUCGGA